AACUCACCGCCCAUGUCGCCGCCGUCGUUCCAUCCGUCCCACGACUGGCCACCUGCCGUGCCUGAUUCUGUGUGCUCCAUGGUGUGCUUGUAUAUAUAACCUCUUGUCGCAUCGAGGCUGUCGUGCUGCCUCUCCAUCCCCCUUCGCUGUCUCCUCCCUCCUCUCUCCUUAUCCGUCUUCAACCCUGUCAACAGCAGCCUCGUUUUCAUGCCUGCCCCAAUCGUGGCCCCCGCCGGAAUCACUUUUGCGCGCCAGGAAAAGCUGUCGAAGCUUCCUAUCCCUCCUCUCCGAGACACGAUCCAACGCUAUCUCGAUGCCGUCAAGCCGUUGCAGACCCCGCGCGAGCACGAGGAUACCUGUGCUGCCGCGCACGAGUUUAUCGAGAAAGACGGCCCAGAGCUGCAGGAGAAGCUGAUCCAGUACUCGAGCGGUCGCUCGUCCUACAUCGAGCAGUUUUGGUACGAUUCAUACCUCAAUUACGAUAACCCCGUCGUCCUCAACCUGAACCCUUUCUUCCUGCUCGAGGACGACCCGACUCCGUCUCGCGGCAACCAAGUCAAUCGCGCCGCGUCGCUCGCCAUCUCGACACUUGCCUUUGUCCGCGCCGUGCGUCGCGAGGAAUUGCCACCAGACAUGGUCCGCGGGAAACCGCUCUGCAUGUACCAGUACUCGCGCAUCUUUGGCACCGCGCGCAUUUCGACCGCGAACGGAUGCAUCAUGCAGUCGGACUUCACCGCCAAGCACAUCGUCGUCAUGGCGCGCUCGCAGUUCUACUGGUUCGAUGUUCUCGACGAUAACUCCGACCUCAUCAUGACCGAGAAAGACCUGGCGCAGAACUUUGCGACAAUCAUCAACGACGCGCAAAACACGCCCGUGACCGAGGCUGCCAAGGGCGCCGUCGGUGUGCUGACUGCUGAAAACCGGCGCAUCUGGGCGUCCUUGCGCGAACUGCUCACGCGAGACUCGACCGCGUCUGAAGACGAGCAUACCGAUGGUGAAAACGAGAGCGUGUCGUCGGCGCAGGCGAUGAGCAACAACCACGAAUGCUUGCAGAUUAUCGACUCGGCCUUGUUCAUCGUCUGCUUGGACUACUCUGAACCGCAGACGCCGUCUGAUCUCGCGAUGAAUAUGCUCUGCGGUACGAAUGUCAUCGAGAAGGGUGUGCAGGUUGGCACUUGUACAAAUCGGUGGUACGAUAAGUUGCAAAUCAUAGUGACGAAGAAUGGAAGCGCAGGAGUCAACUUCGAGCACACUGGAGUUGACGGACACACUAUCCUGCGCUUCGUCAGUGACAUUUACACAGACACUAUCCUCCGAUUUGCCCGAACAAUCGACGGAAAAGCUCCCAGUCUCUGGGCAAGCGAGUCGCCCGACCCUGCCCAGCGCGAUCCGGCCUCGUUCGGCGACGUGACGACGACGCCGCGAAAGCUCGAAUGGACGAUGAUCCCAGAGCUUUCGCUCGCGCUCCGGUUUGCGGAAACUAGGCUGGCGGACUUGAUCCAUCAGAAUGAGUUUGAGGUUCUGGAGUUUGCAAACUACGGCACCAAUUACAUCAAGUCCGCCGGCUUCUCGCCUGAUGCCUUCAUGCAGAUGGCGUUUCAGGCUGCGUACUAUGCACUCUAUGGAAAAGCCGAAUGCACGUACGAGCCCGCAAUGACAAAGUACUUUUUACACGGUCGAACGGAAGCAAUCCGGACGGUGUCUGAAGAGUCACUGGCCUUUGUCCGCAAGUUUUGCGAGGACGCACCGGCAAAGACAAAGAUCGAGUUUCUGCGCCGAGCCUGUGAUAAGCAUGUACAGACCACAAAGAUGUGCUCGCAGGGAUUAGGCCAGGACCGCCAUCUGUACGCGCUCUACUGUAUGCAUCAGCGGUACGCAGAAGAUGACAUGGCUACAGCCGCCGACGAAAGCAAUUCUGCGACCACCACGGCGUCGUCGAGUGCGAAGCUGCUGAGCGAGAUGCCGUCAUUGUUUGCUGAUCCCGGGUGGGAAAAGUUAAACACGACAAUCAUUAGCACCAGCAACUGCGGAAACCCCUCUCUUCGGCUGUUUGGAUUCGGGCCUACGAGUCAGGAUGGAUUCGGAAUCGGGUAUAUCAUCAAGAACGAUGCAAUCUCGGUGUGCGCGUCCUCCAAGCAUCGCCAGACGCGCCGAUUCCUUGACACGCUGAAUAAUUAUCUGAUUGAAGUCCGCAGUCUCCUACGUGCGUCUCAACAACGCCGCAGUACUGGAACUCGCGCGCGCACACCGGUGCCGUCGCGUCGGGGCAGUAUCUCAGGAGGCUCAUCCGGCGCGAAACGAAGCGGGCGCGAAGUCGUCGACGGCAGUCGGCGCGCGAGCGAGUCCGCGUCCGAGGAGGAAGACGUUGGCGAUAUGCUGGGCGGAUACGGAUACUUUGACGUCGGUGAGAUGGAACUCCUGCUGCGUGAGCACGAGCUGGGGAAUUCAGGGUUGCCGACGCCGGGGACGCCGUCGAGCGAGACGCCGCCGGCGGUCGUUCCUGAGAUUAUGACGAAUCACCCGCGUGCACGACGGCGCGAGGUUGGAAGGAAGUUGAGACUCGCUGAUAUUUAAUGCAUGCAAUUUGAAUCUGGUUUUUGCGCGCGAUUUGUGGAGCUGGGCGAAUGGAAAUAGGCAUUUGUUUUAUGGUUUGGACUUGAUAAUCAAUACAUACCUUUCUCUUUUGAAUAUAAUACCAGCUAGUACUUUAAUAAAUUGUUGUCUUCUGGAAAGUGUAAAAAAUGCUCAUGCAGUUGACGAAUCGUUG